UUGGCAUCAGCGCUCAGUACUCACACCUCCCAGAUCUAUUGUCAUCACUGGCUUCUAGCGUCUAUCUGCAGUUUGCCCCCAGCACGCCACACAUGCCAACACUGUGACCAUCUCUCCUUCCUCACCGCAGACAUAAAGAGGGUUGAGAAUUCUUAAGAAACAAGACCUAAUUCUCAAGAAAGGGAAACUUGUUUAUCAUCACGAGUAAAUUACACAGACCUCUUCCUAGCUCUUCUGGUGAUACCAUGGAUGAAAGUGUGUUAAAUUCCAGGAAGAAAUACGAAGAUGAAGAUGAUUAUCACAACAUCUAUAUUGGCGUGCCUGCUCCCAGGAGUUACAGGAGAAAGCGACGCAGAAGAAGAUCUUUAUCCAGUCGGGACAGGAACUGUGACAAUGAAAAACAAUAUGGCAGAGAUGAGCACUCUGAUACAGAUGAGGGAGGUAGAAUGAACUUUGACAAUGAGAGCUACAGCAUCAGCAGAACAAUGUCUCCUGCGGCUGAACGGCUCCGAUACAUUCUGGGAGAAGACGAUGAAGCUCCGAAUCCCACCUUGUUUACAGAGAUGGACACACUACAGCAUGAUGGUGAUGAGCUUGAGUGGAAGGAAACUGCAAGGUGGAUAAAGUUUGAGGAGAAGGUCGAGGAAGGAGGAGAGAGGUGGAGUAAACCUCAUGUGUCUACAUUGUCCCUGCACAGUCUUUUUGAGCUGAGAACGUGUCUUCAGACUGGAACUGUGAUGCUUGAUUUAGAUGGGUAUUCACUGCCGCAGAUCAUAGAUGACAUCAUUGAGAAGCAGGUGGAGGACGGGAUGUUAAAGCCAGAGCUCAGAGACAAAAUCAGUUUUGUCCUCCUGAGAAAACACAAGCACCAAACCAAGAAGCCCAUCCACAGGUCUCUGGCGGACAUCGGGAAGUCUGUCUCAUCCAGCACAAACCGAAUCCCUGUUCCAAGUACUCCUGUUGGAACUCAAUUUCAUCGCUCCACAGAAGACCUGAGAAUGAGACAGAAUUCAAACUAUGGAAGAUUACGCCAUGCGCAGAGCAGGAGUAUGAAUGACAUUACAGACGCUCCAAGCACAGACCAGCUUAGAAAUAAAUUUAUGAAGAAGAUCCCCCGGGAUGCCGAAGCUUCCAAUGUAUUGGUCGGAGAAGUGGAUUUUCUAGACAAACCAUUUGUAGCAUUUGUCAGGCUGGUCCAAUCUGUAAUGCUGGGAGGUGUCACUGAAGUACCUGUGCCUACCAGGUUUUUAUUCAUCUUGCUGGGCCCAAUUGGAAAAGCUAAAUCAUAUACUGAAAUUGGCAGAGCGAUUGCAACCUUGAUGGUAGAUGAUCUGUUUAGUGAUGUUGCUUACAAAGCCAAAGUGCGGGAAGACCUGAUUGCAGGUAUCGAUGAAUUUCUUGAUGAAGUGAUUGUCCUUCCUCCUGGUGAAUGGGAUCCAACAAUCAGAAUAGAACCUCCAAAGAAAAUCCCGUCAGCCGAUCAAAGAAAAUCUGUGUUCUCUGUGAAUGAGGCUGGACAAAUGAAUGGUUCGGCUGGAGGAGGAGGUGGCAGUGGUGGUGGAGGAAGUGAAGAAGGAGAGAUGCCAUGUGCACAUGAGAUUGGAGAAGAACUUGCAUUUACAGGAAGGUUCUGUGGUGGUCUGUAUCUUGAUAUCAAGAGGAAGCUGCCCUGGUUUCUUAGUGAUUUCUAUGAGGCCUUCCACAUCCAGUCCAUUUCUGCAAUCAUCUUCAUCUACCUUGGUUGCAUUACAAAUGCCAUAACAUUUGGAGGCCUUCUUGGAGAUGCCACAGACAACUACCAGGGGGUAAUGGAGAGCUUCCUUGGCACAGCAAUGACAGGCGCAGUGUUCUGUCUCUUUGCUGGGCAGCCUCUCAUCAUCCUGAGCAGUACUGGACCCAUCCUCAUCUUUGAAAAGCUUCUCUUUGAUUUCAGCAAAGGUAAUGAUAUAGACUACAUGGAGUUUCGUCUGUGGAUCGGUCUCCACUCAGCCCUUCAGUGCCUUAUUCUAGUUGCUACUGAUGCCAGCUUCAUCAUUAAGUACAUUACGCGUUUCACAGAAGAGGGUUUCUCAACGCUUAUAAGCUUCAUUUUCAUUUAUGAUGCUAUCAAAAAAAUGAUUGGAGCUUUCAAAUACUACCCAAUCAAUUCUGACUUCAAACCUGAUUAUGUUACCUUAUACAGAUGUGAGUGUGUGGCCCCCGACCCAGUGAACUUGACUUUAUUCAAUGAUUCAGCUUCAUUUGCACCAAACAACACUAACAGUUCUUUGUACAAUGUUAUGAAUAAUACAGCGCUGGACUGGAGUCAAUUAAGCAUGAAGGAAUGCUUGAAAUAUGGAGGCAGUCUGCUGGGGAAUUCAUGUAACUAUGUACCCGACCUAGCACUCAUGUCCUUUAUACUCUUCUUUGGAACAUACUCCAUGACCUUGACACUGAAGAAGUUCAAGUUCAGUCGCUACUUUCCCACCAAGCUACGUACCCUGGUGGCUGAUUUUGCCAUUGUCUUCACCAUCCUUAUCUUCUGUGGGGUGGAUGCAUUUUUUGAAUUGGAGACACCAAAGUUGCAUGUUCCCAGUAAAAUAAAGCCCACACGCCCUGACCGAGGCUGGUUUGUUUAUCCUUUCGGGAAAAACCCUUGGUGGGUUUACCUGGCCAGCGCUCUACCUGCUUUACUGGUAACCAUCCUAAUCUUCAUGGACGAGCAGAUUACAGCUGUUAUAGUCAACAGGAAGGAGCACAAACUCAGGAAAGCCUGUGGGUACCAUUUGGAUCUCUUCUGGGUAGGUGUUCUGUUGGCUGUUUGUUCGUUCAUGGGGCUACCUUGGUAUGUGGCUGCCACAGUUAUCUCCAUUGCUCACAUCGACAGUUUGAAAAUGGAGACAGAGACCAGCGCACCUGGGGAACAGCCACAGUUUUUGGGAGUACGGGAACAAAGAGUGACAGGAAUUGUAGUAUUUGUUCUCACCGGAAUCUCUGUCUUCUUGGCACCUGUCCUGAAGUAUAUCCCAAUGCCAGUGCUUUAUGGCAUCUUCCUGUACAUGGGAGUGGCAUCACUGAAUGGAAUACAGUUCUGGGAUCGCUGUAAGCUCUUCAUGAUGCCUGCAAAGCAUCAGCCAGACUAUGCAUAUCUUCGACAUGUCCCCUUACGCCGAGUCCAUCUCUUUACUGUUGUACAAAUAGUCUGCCUUGCUGUUCUCUGGAUACUGAAGUCUACAGUUGCAGCAAUUAUUUUCCCAGUCAUGAUCCUUGGUCUCAUAAUGGUUAGAAAAAUGCUGGACUGGGUGUUCAGCCAGCAUGACCUUGCCUGGUUGGAUGAUAUCCUGCCCGAAAAGGAAAAGAAGAAAGAGGACGACAAGUCAAAGAAGAAAAAAGGCAAAGAUGAAGCAGAGAGUGAUGAGGAAAGAGCUGGCCAUCCUGGGGCAUUAAAUUCAGAUUCCUCUGCCAAUGGCUCUGAUGUGGAUCGAAGUAUUACACUGCAUUUGAAGAUAUCUUGCCCCUCGUCCCCUGCCGUCAGCUAUCCUAGGAGUGCCAUCGGUGCGGUCCCACAGGUCAAAAUCGAGAUGGAUUCAGAGUAUGACGACUCAGAUAUAGAGAGAAAUCCUAGAGACAGGGGAAGUGAAACCACUUUAUAACCUCUGCCCUGUUGUCACCAAUCAAUACUAAAAUAUGUCCACUGGAAACUGUACAAGAUUGGAUGGAUUUCAGAUAAGGCGGUGCAAGAAGGUGCCUAGAGUAUCUAUAAAUUUAGGGGUGGCUGACUACCAAAUGCAUGACUAAAAGACAAUUUAAACAAGUUACUAAUGAAUUAAAAAUGUUUGGUAAAUGUGCAUAGGACAACCGCAUUGAAACCCACACUACUCCAUUCUACACGAGCGGGUGAGGUGCUUCCUGGAAUGUAAGCAGCGAAUCAGUAACUCCAGACAAUGUGCUAAUAUAACUACAGUAACUUUUACAUGUAGAGCAGACCAUUGCUCACAAAAAGUUCAAAGAUGGGGGAGAAGGUCGGCACAGGCAUAAACCAGUUGCAUGCUACACUGACCUAACCAAGUUAAUUUAUGUUUCUUCAGAGUUUGUAUAUGUUUUCAGAACAGUAGCUAUGCUCAAGCCCAGACCUGAGAAUUUACAGGAUGCUAAAGCUUCGGCAAGGCUGGUGUAUAGUGGUGGUACAAUCGCCAUAUUUUUGUAAAUUUGUAAGUUAAUGGAACAUAUGUGAUCUUAGGGCAAAAUUAACCACAAUCACAGCAAUUUCUGAUGAUUAAUUCAAUGUUAUAAUUCAUUUUUUAUUUCAUACUGUAAUAUAGCACUUUCAAUACCAGUAAGUGAAGAAUUCACAAGUGUCCAACAAAAACAUGGUGGUCAGGCAACCAUAGGUGAUGACAUAAGUAGCUAGGCCCCAAACCCUAAGUGAAGCAAAACAAACUAAAAAGUUUAAAAGAUUCCCAGGCACAAAUAUAAGUGUAUCAUUUUCUUAAAUGAAAGUGAAUACAAUAGUGAAACAACUAUCCAUCAAUCAGCUACAGAAUAUUCAAGGUUUUUCACUAAAGUGAAAAUUCGAAGUGAAUUUCAAAUGUAAGGCCAAAUUAAACUAACUGAAAGCAGAGAUUACAUAUUUUUUUUCUAGUUUGGCUAUGUUGGCCUUAAUUAUGAAAUUCACUCUAAAAUCAUGACAAAGCCUACUACAUGUAUAGAUUCCUGUUCAGGUAUAGUUAGUUACAAAAUU